GGCCGUUGCUGUGACAACGCGCAGGCAAACCGGCCGCAGGGCCUCCGGCUGCGGGCGGGCCCGCCUCCCCUCCCAGUGUCUCCGGGGGCCCAGCCGUUGGGACCUCGUAUACCCUGGGUCUCGUGUUCGGGGUGAUCCCGGUCUGCCCAGUUUCAGCUCCACCUUCUCACCUCCACCCAUCCUGGGACCUGACCCCUUUUGGAAGUUUAAAGUGAACUUACUGUAGGCUCUCAUGUGUGAAUAUAAGUAUAGUGCAUCAGUACUGUAAAGACCUCACCAACUGGAACUUACAGUUUUCACCAUCAGCUUACCUUAUCCCUUUUGGUCUGGUUCUUUUCCUCAAGGAGUGGAAACUUCUUUCCUUCAAGUUGCUUUAGUUGCAGAGUUAAGCAAAUGGCCAAUAGUGGGUUUGGUAAACAAUGCGCAAAAUGCUCCAACUGUUCAUCUACUUCUAAGCAAGAUGUACUGUAUGUAUGUGCCUGUAGAAGAAGGCUUUCUCCAAUCUCUGUGGUGGAAAUGUCUCAAGAAUCAAGCAUGGGCAGCUCAGAAUAUGAAGUUUCAGCAGACAGAAAAAAAGAAAACCAACCCAUCACAGAUAGUGCCUCUGGGAAAGUUAUGGUGUAAGCCCUCGAAAACCUCCAACGUGGAGAGAAAAACGUCUCAACAACAAUGGAGUCGGGGAAACAUUACAGAAGGAAAAGUUCCUCACAUAAGGAUGGACAACGGAGCUGCUAUUCGGGAAAUCUAUACCUUUGGAAGAAUAUUGGGACAAGGGAGCUUUGGAAUGGUCUUUGAAGCUACAGACAAGGAAACAGAAACUAAGUGGGCAAUUAAAAAAGUGAACAAAGACAAGGCUGGAAGCUCUGCUGUGAAGCUACUUGAACGGGAGGUGAAUAUCCUGAAAAGUGUGAAACACGAACAUAUCAUACAUCUGGAACAAGUGUUUGAGACGCCUAAGAAAAUGUACCUGGUGAUGGAGCUUUGUGAAGAUGGAGAACUCAAAGAAAUUCUGGAUAGGAAAGGGCAUUUCUCAGAGAAUGAGACAAGGUGGAUCAUUCAAAGUCUCGCAUCAGCUAUAGCAUAUCUUCACAAUAAGGAUAUAGUACAUAGAGAUCUAAAACUGGAAAACAUAAUGGUCAAAAGCAGCUUUACUGAUGAUAACAAUGAAAUGAACUUAAAUAUAAAGGUGACUGAUUUUGGCUUAGCUGUGAAGAAGCAGGGUAGGAGUGAAGCCAUGCUGCAGACCACAUGUGGGACUCCUAUCUAUAUGGCCCCUGAAGUUAUCAAUGCCCACGACUAUAGCCAGCAGUGUGACAUUUGGAGCAUAGGUGUCAUAAUGUACAUUCUAUUAUGUGGAGAACCACCCUUUUUGGCAAGCUCAGAAGAGAAGCUAUUUGAGCUAAUAAGAAAGGGAGAACUACAUUUUGAAGAUCGAAUCUGGGAUUCCAUAAGUGAUUGCGCUAAAAGUGUGUUGAAACAACUUAUGAAAGUAGACCCUGCUCACAGAAUCACAGCUAAGGAACUUCUAGAUAACCAGUGGAUAACAGGCAACAUACUUUCUUCAGCAAGACCAACCAAUGUGUUAGAAAUGAUGAAACAAUGGAAAAAUAACCCAGAAAGUGAUGAGGAAGACACAACACAUCCAGAGAAAAACUGGUCCAUUCAAGAAAAGUUGAAAGGUUACCAACCCAGCAGACCCAGCGGAAAUGUCCAGAACACCAGUAGCAUUUCAGAUGAAGAGGAGGAAAAACAGUCCACUGCUUAUGCAAAGAAAUUUCCUGUGACCAGUAAGAAGGAAAACGCAGACAACUCGGACUCGAAGCAUGCAAGUUCUGCAUGUAGCAGAAACUUUCCAGCCGGACUCAAGGGAGAACCAGAGAAAUCCCCCAUGACGUCAAGCCAAGGACCGGCAACCAAAUACAUUGCUAAAUCCAAUGCCGUGUCUAGAACCAAAAAGAAACUCUAAGGUUCCCUUCACAGGUGAAUAGUACAAACACAGAGCUGCUCUUUCUAGCGCUAAAGUGAGGAGACGGGAGGGGGAAAGGACAGGACUAUGUCGAGCUUUUAGUCUUUUAGCCCCGCUGAGCCCUGCCAUGUGUUUGCACCAGUUUAACCUCGGAGCUAGGGAUCUUCAAGGCAGCCUAGUGUUAAGAACAGCCACCAACAGGCUUGAUGGCGAGCUGUGGCUGCAGUUAACUCGAGGUUUUUGAGAGUUGUUUAGAGGAGCACGCGCCCUCAAAGCAAGGUGGUGGGCAUACUUGCUCAGUUUUACUUCACAUUCUUGUAUUUGGGCACAGUUAUUUGUAGGAGAAAAUGAGAGCCAAAUAUGGUGAUGGAGGUCCCAAAUAAUUAUGUGCACUUUGCACUAGGAGAUUUUGUUAGGAAAUUACUAAUAAACUUGCCAUAGGCAUAACAGCAGAAGUGCUUCAGCCAUUCACAUGUGUUCUUGUGACUUUAGGUUGGUGUAGAUUAUUUAAGACAACUUAUUUUAAAUGUAGAAGAAUAGGAGAUUUUUGUAACUGCUUGCCAUUAAGUUGCUGCUAAAUUCCCAAUAUAUUGAUUGAAUCAAUAAAAGACAGAUGUCACCCA